CCCAACCCCCCCAAGACAAUCUAUUCAAUGUACAACUCAGCAAACCUCGAAAACUUGGUCACCAAGAAAUAACAGAGUCUGAUCCCCACAAACAGGUCUUUGCUCUCUUCAAAAAUCCCUGAGCUGCACUCCAAAAAUCCUGCUUCACUCAAUCUUCUCUCACCUCUCAACACUCUCCAAUUCUCAAACUUUCUCUCAUUUCUAUUUUCCUGCUCAGAAACAAAAAGGAAGAAAACCCUUCUUUUUUUUUUUUGGCCUUGCAAGAAGCAGAGGGAUUCAACAGCUCCUUUAUAUUCCUCUGUUUUCUCUCUGUUUUGCUCUUGUUGAGUUCCUCUGUUUUCUCUCUGUUUGCAACCCGAAUCUAUACCUUCAUACCCACUUGAACGAAAUGGAAUUCAAUGCUUCCAGCAACACCAAGAAGCAAAAGCAAACCCUCCCUCCAAGGAGAGGCCAAGUUAAGAUCAGAAUCUUCAAGAGUUUCCUCAAAUCAGUUUCUUCAAUCGCAUCGAUGGCCAAGGCAAUGCCCAGGAAGAGGGAAGAAAGUGGUCCAGACGUCAGCUCAAACUCCACUCCGGCUGCUCCAACCCCAACUAGCUACAAUUCAGAUUGAUCAUUAAAUUGAAUUGCUGAUAAUAACUCCCAUAUCUUUUGUACAGGGUCUAAUGUAAUUACUGGUGGCCUUAUAAUUUUGCCUUCUUUUCCCUUUUUCUUUUUGUUCUUUCUUAUGCAAAAGAUUGUAGAUUUGAUAUACAGACCCUGUAUCAUUUUUGAUAUAUGUAGCAUACUAGAUAACCGAUUUUGUCCAAUAAAAUU